AUGGCGUGGAGGGGGCGGCGCGGUGGCCGGGUACCCGGGAGGCCCGCUGGGAGCCGCACGGCGCCCGGCCGCUUCGGCCCGGAGAAGGGUUCCUGUCAGGAGGGCGCCGCCACCGCCGCCUCAGCCAUCGCCAUCUUCCGGGGUUUGAAAAUGGCGGCUGCGCGGCGACCAGCCAAUCAGGGGACGAGGGAGUGCCUGUCUGUCCACAUUGGCCAAGCUGGCGUCCAGAUUGGGGAUGCCUGUUGGGAGCUCUACUGCCUGGAACACGGAAUCCAGCCAAAUGGCGUUGUUCUCGACGGCAGGCAGGAUCCGCAGGCACGUGCCAAAACGGAGCCUAUGGGUGCAUCUUUCGAUUCCUUCUUUUGUGAGACCAGAGCUGGGAAGCAUGUGCCCAGAGCACUCUUCAUGGACCUGGAGCCAACUGUUGUAGACGAGAUCCGUGCAGGCAGGUACCGCUCACUCUUCCACCCGGAGCAGCUCGUCAGCGGAAAGGAGGAUGCUGCAAAUAACUACGCCCGUGGUCGCUACUCUGUGGGGCCGGAGAUCCUCGAUCUGGUGCUGGAGAGGCUCCGAAAGCUGGCGGAACAGUGCAGUGGUCUUCAGGGAUUUUUGAUUUUCCGAAGUUUUGGAGGAGGCACUGGAUCAGGAUUUACAUCUCUCUUAAUGGAGCAGCUCUCCACAGACUACAGCAUGAAGACUAAACUGGAGUUCUCUGUCUACCCAGCCCCCCGGAUCUCCACGGCUAUAGUGGAGCCUUACAACACCAUCCUCACCACCCAUGCCACCAUAGAGCAUGCGGACUGUACCUUCCUGGUGGACAACGAGGCCAUCUAUGACAUAUGCCAUCGCAAACUUGACGUUGAACACCCCUCUUAUGCCAGCAUCAACAGGCUGCUGAGUCAGGCAGUAUCUUCCAUCACCACUUCCCUCCGGUUUGAGGGGGCCCUGAACGUGGACCUGAUUGAAUUCCAGACCAAUCUCGUACCUUACCCUAGAAUACACUUCCCCGUGACCAGCUUCGCUCCCAUCAUCUCUGUGGACAACGCCCACCACGAGGACCCCUCUGUGUCGGACAUCACAGCUGCUUGCUUCGAGUCCUCCAACCAGCUGGUCAAGUGUGACUCUCGCCUGGGGAAGUACGUGGCCUGCUGCCUGCUCUACAGAGGGGAUGUGGUCCCCAAGGACGUGAACACGGCAAUUGCAGCCAUGAAGACAAGUAACUCUGUCCAGUUUGUAGAUUGGUGUCCAACUGGAUUCAAGGUGGGCAUCAAUGGUCAUCCCCCCCGGGCAGUGCCGGGAGGGGACCUGGCCGAGGUCCAGCGGGCUGUCUGUACGCUGAGCAACAGCACAGCGGUCGUGGAGGCCUGGGCCCGCCUGGGACACAAGUUCGACCUCAUGUACGCCAAGAAGGCGUUUCUGCACUGGUACAUUAGGGAAGGCAUGGAGGAAGGCGAGUUUGUAGAAGCCAGGGAAGACUUGGCAGUCUUGGAGAAGGAUUACGAGGAAGUGGGGCGAAGUUUCUGA